UUUGCCCCCCCCCCCCCCCCCCACCCCUCCCUCCCUUCUCCGCCCCCUCCACCCACUCACAAUGCAUUCUGGGAUUACGUGGACCACAUGGGGGAUUUUCUCUUCAGUCCACACGGGACCACGCCGCAGGGGGAGGAGGACAUUGAUUGACACCCCUGCCCUCCCCCACUUCCUGUUUGUAGAUAACAUUACCAAUCAACUCUGUUCAUCCGAGGCCCGAUAUAUUCACCCACGUCCUCAGACGUCUUCUUUCUCUCUCUUUCUUUGUUUUUUUUAACAAUGGGUAAGAAGAGACACUGAGAGCGCGGCUGGUCACACAAAGUGCUUUUGAAGCGGCUGGAGAAAGAACUCUGCUCUGAGUCGGGCAGAAGAAGAAGAAAGCUGUACAUUUUUUGGGAACUCAUUUUUUGCGAUGGACUUGAAGGGUAUACGACAAAAGAGAAAGAAAAAUGCUAAUAAUGAAUAAAAAAAAUUGUAAAGUUGUAAAAUGUUCUGAAGGCGAGUUUCAGAUGUAUUUCCUGUAUGCAGUUAUAUUACACGCCAGCAGCAUCAAACUGGAACAUGUCGGGGAAUCGCGCUAAAGAGCGCAUGCAGAGUGGUCUCAACCUUUGGCCAAAAUGUGUCAUUUAAAGAGAACUACUUCCAAAUGUAUACAUGUCAUUCCUACGAGAUUUAACAGUCAACAAAACUAUGUAUUUGCCCACGAAACACUUGCGUAUCCCUCCCGAAUCCAAGAACUGACCCAAACUUGUGAUGUCCUCGAGUGCCCCAUAAUCCAUGAACGUGUAGACGUGCUGAAGCUGAGGAGGGAAUAUCUUUGUUGUUGCAGCAGCUGACGCCUUCGUGUUUGAGGUUCCCUUUCCGCUUUCUGGCUCCGAGAGCAGCUCACGCUCUCCGGUACUGAUGCAACUUUCCUCGACGGUGGAAAUAACAUAUGCGAGCUCUUUAUUCCAUAAUGCCAUUAGUAAUUUAAGGGAACUAUGAACUGGUAGUAAGAUAAGAUCAUAUUACCUACAUGUGCAGAACCGUGACCUGACCUUAAAUGCACCUGAAGUGUAUUGGAAGCUGUAUUCAUUAUUCAUGUUAUUAAGGCUGUUUGUCCUCCCGGGGCCGAUCAGCACUGCAAACAACUCCCCACAUGGCUCGCUUGUCUCUUGUAUUCGCAUCUGAAUGGGGCGCAGCGCCGUAAAGCCUUUAGCCUGAUUGCGUAAACACUCCUAAUGGCAACACCAUAACGCGCGCUUUGAGAAAGCGAGGGAGAGAGAGCGCGAUAUUGCGGGGAGACAGUCGGGCGACAGUCAGCGACGUCUUGGCCCUCGAGGCGGCGGGCCAAUGAGAAGGAGACAUCCGCCCCCCCUCUGCCCUGCCCGGCUCGGCGCGCCCUGUAAUUAGGAGCUCUAGUUGGGUUGGGCGCCGCCACGGUGGACAGCCCGGUCCCUGCGUCAGGGGGAGUUUGGAAGCAUCGGCUCCGGACCGAGAGGACCUCCUGGCCGCUCCUCGUUCACAGAAUAAUAAUGAACGGGAACUCCUCACCUGUCUUCGAGGGCAAAAAGCCGUCCCUCCCCAUCAUGGCUGGGAGCUCCAUCUCGGCCAGCAAGGACUCUCCAACCCUGCCGGAGUCCUCGUCCACGGACAUGGACUUCUACAGCGGCCAGAGCGCGCUCUACGGCGCGCAGGAUUUCUACCCGUCGCAGCAGCAGACGUACCCGGCUCAGCACGUGAACCCGUACGCGUACCACCACCACUACGUGCACGGGGGGGCUGCCGGCGGGGCCUACCCGGUCGGUAAGGCGGAAUACUCGUACCUCCAUUCGGCGUACAGAGAGCACGGGGCGUUCAGCAGAGACGCGCAGGCGGCGCUGCACGACGUGAAAGAGGAACCCGACGUGGAGGUGCGGAUGGUCAACGGGAAGCCCAAGAAGGUUCGCAAGCCCCGGACCAUCUACUCCAGCUACCAGCUGGCCGUGCUGCAGAAGAGAUUCCAGACGGCUCAGUACCUGGCCCUGCCGGAGCGGGCCGAGCUGGCCGCGCAGCUGGGCCUCACGCAGACACAGGUCAAAAUUUGGUUCCAGAACCGUCGCUCCAAGUUCAAGAAGCUCUACAAGAACGGAGAGUUUCCGCUUGGGGAUGUUCCUCUCGAGCACAGUCCGGAGGCCAGUGAUUCCAUGGCCUGCGACUCUCCUCCGUCCCCAGCUGUGUGGGAAAACAGCAACGGCAAUAACAACAAUCACAACAACAACAACACAAGCAACGGCGGCAGUAUUAAGAGUAAUGCGCUUGUGGAUCCCACCGCCAGAGGACAGGGCGCCUAUCAGCCUCCUGUGGAUCCGUCGCCCGACUGCAUGGGGCACUUCACGCACCAGAACUGGUACCAGCAGCAGGGUGCACCGUUGGGUCUUGAACACCACGCGGCACAAGUCUGGAGGCCGUCUUCUGACGCUGUAACGCAGACUCUGGUCAAACAGUUCGACUAAAGCCUCGCCGCGCAUAAAUACCUGUGGGUUUUGUUUUAGAUAAUUGGGCUCUGAGGGAACAGAAACACCCGACAGCAAUCAUCAGAGUCAUGACCGUAAAAAACAGAAAACACGUUGUCACACCGGCUUUUCUGCAAUUAAUGUGGAAUUGCCCUUCGUUGUCAUCUGUUCCUCCGCUUUGAAGAUUAUGAACUCGUAUAAACUCAUGGAGAGCAGCCUUUUGCAUUUAAUAUUUUAGGUAUGAGCAUAUUUAAGCCAAAAAAACCUUUCCCUUCAAUUCCUUUGGGAUUUUCCCAACAAAAAGCAAUACUACUGACAUCUUUCUGGCUUUUGCAACAAGCAAGUGGAAAACACUGAAAGGUUUUAAACACUGAUAACCUUUUAAAAUAAAACAUUCAAUGCAAAAACAAACUGUAGACACUGAAAAUAUCCACAAGAGGGGUGUUUUUGUAUUAGGGCCAAACUACAAACCUUACGUUCUACAAGGAAUACGAUGUGAGAAUGAGAUUCCGAAUGGAGCGAACUGUGUGAAGUUUGGUGAUCUGCCUCCAGCAACAUCGCUCCAAGCAAAGUACACGUUUGAAAAUUCAACAAAUGGGGGGUGUGGCCUCAGAAGGAAGUUAGCCUAGCGGCCCUCUUCAGCCCGCCCCUCACCUCCGCUGGCUGCUACUAGCAUGAACAAGCCCAAAUCGGCAACUGAUCUGUCGGCGGUCGAGUUGCAUUUUGGGAAAUGAAGGCACCAUGUCUUGACGAGGAAGAAGAAUGCGUUGAAUUAAGAAAAAAAGAUUUAUGGUUCUGCUGUAUUGAUUCAGAUUUACUUUAAAUUGUCCAUCGUGAGUCCGACAAUGUUCUAGGUACUUGUACAGUUGAUUGCACAUAUCAGAGCGGCUCAGAUGUGUUUAUGCUGUUUCAAAAAAUAUUCUAUACAGGAAUCGGAUCUGACAGUUUAUGUCGUAGCUGGUUAUAUGAAUCUCAACAUCUAUUUAUAUUUAGUUAAUGUUUAGUGUCACACUUUGCAUUCCCCAUUUUUCAAAAGAACAGCCAAAAUUGAAGCUAUGUAGGCUGAGACAACUUUAAUCCCCUAGUAUGAGUCGGGCUCUGAAAAUGCUGCAUCAUAUUGUAGCGUCCUUCAUUAGACCCCCUCCCCUGUUUGAUAGAACUCCCACAUCCCUCAAACUACAUGUCUCCUUCUAAAUGCACAAUUUUGUUUUGAAAUUUAAAAUCUCCAAGUACACCAAGUUACCCUGCAUGACAUCAUGAGGGUAAUUUGACAAAGCUCCUCCAGAGCCACAGAAGCCAUCGGACGACAGUGCUGUAUGACAAGUACACUGAUUGGCAUCAGUAAAACGCUAAAAAGAUGUUUACAUCUUACUAAAAAAGUAUAAACUGAGUGGUUUAUAUUUUGUAAUAAAAUGUGCUGUACUCAGGUUUUUUUAUUUAUAGUGUCAACUGUAGAGCAUAAAUGGCAGGAACUUUUUUCUGUUGAGGAAAUAACUUAAAAAAUAAAAUGCCAAAGUUUUAAUUA